AGUCUGCCGCAAGGCUCCGCAAAGGGACGCACACAGAGCGAAAGGCAGAUCUAGUCCUGGCAUAUGCUUGCCACCGCCUCUCUCCUCGGGUCUGCUGGUUAGCAGGGAACCCUGGGCAAGGCUGCUGCCGCCGCGGCUUCAGCUGCCAUUGUUCUAUCUCGAGGCAAAAGAGGGCGACAAGCGCACCCGCCGCUCUCUCGGUUUGUUUCUAGUAUUCUGAUGGCGCUUUUGAAAAAGUAUCCGGAGUUAUUCCUAGCCCAAAUAAACAGAGCAACAAAUCAGCGAAAUUUCAGCAUCAGUGGUGUGUGCAGCGCAAUACAGAAGCUUACUCGGGUGCGAGUGGUGGAUAACAGCGUCUUGGGAAACACACCGUAUCACCGGCCUCCGAAAUGCAUCCAUGUGUAUAACAAAAGUGGCGUGGGCAAAGUAGGCGACAAAAUCCUUCUGGCUAUCAAAGGGGAAAAGAAAAAGGCUUUAAUUGUUGGCCAAAAGAUGCCUGGCCCUCGCAUGACACCCAGAUUUGAUUCCAACAACGUGGUGCUCAUUGAAGAUAAUGGGAACCCAGUUGGGACAAGAAUCAAAAUCCCGAUACCCUCUUUACUGAGGAAGCAGCAAGAAUUCUCAAAAGUAUUGGCCAUUGCCCAGAGGUUUGUGUGACAAAUAAGGGACUGUCUUGGGACAUCCAGUCAAAUAGUACAUUGUUUCUACUAUGAACCCUUCUACAUCUGAAGAAAGAUAAUUUUAAAAUGUUUGGGGAAAGUCUUUGCAUCUACGUAUGAAUUGAAAACCUCUUAAUUUGAGAUUUCUGGUUGAAAGUCAUAUUAUUGCUCUUUUUAGUGACAGUUGUGACGUGUUAUAAUUAAAGCUCAGAAUGUUAAUCCCCUA